AUGACGGUUUUGGAGCUGUCGGGAUUGUGUCAACGGUUCUCAAUGGCUGCCUCUCAUUCGUCUGAGCCGUCUGUACAGCCUCCUGUUGAUCUAGAUGUAGAUCCACUAGUGCGUACAACUGCAGGUAAAACAGCGCAGCAGGAGUUCUCUUCACUCCCCGGGGAGGAUAGACUGACUGAUCAUCCAGAUCCAGUAGGUUGUUGUACUCCUGAAGGUACAACGCAACAGCCUUCUUCACAGCAGCUCCAGCUUCCCUGGAAUCGAUUGGCAACAGUAGGUCAAUAUAGUUGGAAAGUCUAUGAAGGAGGCGUGUUUCCGUCUCCCGGAUGGCUCUAUAGCUACAACCAAAUUCCAGGCACGCGCACAGGACGUUACGUUCAUCUUUAAGGCAGCUAAUUGACGGCUAGAAACUAGAAAGAGAUUUACUUACUUAUAUCAAUCGAUAUAGAUUUUCUCUUUUCUAUCUUCCUCUGGUCUUUCGUUUUUCAUCUAGUUAGGUCGGCUCCACCACGAAUAUAGAUUGCGACUGGGUAAAUCAAUCAAUAUAGACUUUCAGUGCUGGCACUUAGAAGACUUUCAGUCAUCUUCUGCUUCUUGACCUUGGCCUUGAAGCACGAAGAAAACCUCCGCAUCCUCCUCCUCUUGAUUUUUCCUUCUGCUUCUAAUUCCUCCUCGACAGCGAUGCAACCACCGUGGGCAAGGAGCUCGCUCGUCAUCAGACUAGUCGGGAAGUUGGAAGUGUAGCCCUGGCUUACGCUGGUACUAGGAGUGGGGGCGAAGCCUGUCUGCCCCUAUGUAUGGAUCUCGUGGAUUCAGUCCGCAGCCUAGUUUUCCCUGAAGGCAAGAGCGGCAAGCGCAGGGCCUUCCUUGCACCUGGCACGGAAGGGAGGGAAAAGAUGCUCCAUUGUCCAGUAUUGAAGAGGCCCGCAGUCGUGCCUACUGCAGCGAUUAGGGAAAAUGAUCCACAUGUUGACGCUCAUCUUCAUCACGACAGAUCUAAUCAAAGAGCAAAUAUUAUUACCGAUACUGAUAUGAAAGGAAAAAGUGCACUCACACUCAAGAGAUUGCCUACUCAAGAGUAGCUACAAGAGAUUGCCUACUCAUACUCAAGAGAUUGCCUACACUCACAGCACUCAAGAGUAGCUACUUUCUUGUUCUUGAGUGUGAGUGCACUUUUUCCUUUCAUAACUGAUGUUCAACAUGUUGAUACUCAUCCUAGAGGGCGGAGCACACUGACUCGGGAUCCAAUGAAUAUGAUCUCUUUGGCAGGUCGUGGUGCACGUGGAGCAGGUGGAGGAGGAACCGGAGUUGCGGCUACGCGUGCCUCCAGGAGAAGAAAUGCCCAUCCUGCAACUUGUGGCUUCUCAAGAGAGCACUUGGUGAACCAUGAAGCAGUUCGCGCUUGUCCAAAGCAAAACUAUUUCGAUGUUGCUCCCCUUCAGCCACAGACGAAUACACGGGAUGCGCUAAGUAGUGGAGGUAGCGGACGAGUGAGAGAAGAUAAUGAGACGACGCAUCUUCAAGGGGACCCGAGCAUCAAUUUAAGGUUCAUUUUGCUGGUAUUUGACGCCUUCUGACGUCGUCAGAAGGUAGCUCGUCUGUGAGUAGGCCUUGUUCGCAGGAUGGCCGAAAAAACCCCGAAAAUUAUAUCGUCAGACGGGCUUCUUCGGGCUUUUUCGGCCAUUCUGAAUGUGAAUUUCACACGUGAGCCCUUUCUAGCUUUCUAGUCCGUUUGACGGGUAAGAACAAACUAUUUGUCCGUACUUAUCUCUAACGCAUCCAGCACAACAGCACGAGGAAGUACAAGAACAUGUACUGACAACCGAAGAUGUCUUGGUAUUGCAAGACCUUUGCGUGAAGAUCCCGCAUUGUGCGGGAUUUCAGUUUGACAGGGAGACGGGAAGAUUACGCUUGCUCUCAGAUGACGAAAAGUUGGGUGAAAAGUAUCUAAAAGUACAACAGAGUCCGGCGCCUACGUCUGCGACCACUCCUUCAACAUCAGUAGUGCAACAGGAGCACGAGGAGCAAGCUGGCCGUGCUGGUACAACGUCUGGAGAAGACCGACUGCUAGCGGGAGGAGGUGAAGAUACGGUAGACCUCAGUGCAGUAGAAGGCGAAGUGAUACUAGGGAGGUCUAAGAAGUCUACGAAUGCAUCCACAGUCAGUGGAGCUGCUCUGAGUAAAAGAAGUUUCGUAUAUCUUUUACAACGACAUCGCUCAAAAGGGUCAUGCGUAUGAGAAGUUGUUGCUAAGAAGGUAAGGCGAGUUUCAGCUUAGAAGAAUCAUUGUUGCAAUUCCAAUUAUUUUAGUUGUUUGUACAGUCUGGCUAUGACUCAAAGUGUGUUCUGCACUUCUAUAAUAAUAUGAGUAUGACUGUGAUGUUGAUGAAAAGCAGUAAUUGAUGUACAGGUGGUGAUGCCUUCACUUUUGACUUCUUGUUUUCGUAGUAUGAUUGUGCUUCCACGUUCCACCUUAAGAGAUUUUGUUUUCUUCAUAGAUAAUACUGAACUCUGGAUUCUUCUUCUACCGUUCGUUUCUUCAACACGGUCGUAAGUAUUUAUAUUAAUGAAAAUUGUUUCCUUGUUUCGUCCUCGAUGGAUUUUUGAACUCGCGUCUUCAGAAUUGUUGAGAUUUUUUCGUUGUUGGAGCGAGAAAGUUGUGACUGCCUUUGCAUCAGUACAACCUUUGCAAAUUAAGUACAAACUUUGCAAUUAAGUACAAGCUUUGUGACUGCCUUUGCAAUUAAGUACUAUAAACUUUGAUGUGUGAUAGAGAAUUAGAAGGACCUGACGCAUCAAU